UGUAAACUGGCCCUAAUACUCAGUCGUAGAUGAGUUUUUUCUGUUCUGUUUUUAUUUUUUUAUUUUAUUUAUUUAUUUAUUUUUUUGUCUAACACAAGGCAAGAAUGUGCAAAGGUAAUUUACAUUCUUGGGGGAAAAGAAUAUAAUUUGAAAAAAAAAAGCAUCUUAAAUAGUUUUACUUUAUGGAUUAUUUUUUAAUCAAUAAUUUGAUAACUUAAAUUAAAAAAGCAAUUGGCAUGUCACAUCACCUCAAUUACCCUGCAGAAAAAUACUGACAAAAGCAGCAUAUAUUAUAUAAAUAUCACUUAAAUCAAAAGAAAAAAACUGUUACAAUGAUAAUUACAUAUACUGUCAAUCAGAGUGAUCUGUUUAUUAUUAUCAAAUAAUGUAUUAAUAACUUUGUUUGAAAUUAUGAUUGUUAUAUUGAUUGCAUGUUUCCUUUGGAAUGCUACAUUAAACUGAUUAAAAUCUAUCACCAAGUCCCGCCCCCUGCAGUAGUGACAUCACAGAGACCAUGCUGUCUGCUGUUUGGGCUUGGCACCUCUCUGCCCAUGUGUCCAGAGCAGUCAGUGGAUGGCAUGUGCGCGCUUCUCUUCGACAAAAACAGGAUUUCAACUGAAUCAUGUUUUCACGAAAGCUUUGGUCGGUUUGUAGUCCUGCCAGGAAAUGCUUGAAAUCUUUCUCUUUUCAGUGGACACGAGGAAUUAGCUCUGGGUCGACUUGUCUUGGAUCGGUGAGUCUAAAAGGUCGCAGCUGUCUCACACUGAAAGAUUUUAACUCAGAAGAAAUCAAGAGGUUACUGUGGGUUUCAGGAGACCUGAAGCAUCUAAUAAAGCAGAAAAAGCAGUAUCUGCCUCUGCUACAAGGGAAGUCCAUCGCGAUGAUAUUUGAGAAGAGGAGCACCAGAACAAGAAUGUCCACAGAGACAGGGAUGGCUCUGUUGGGUGGACAUCCUUGUUUCCUCACCUCACAAGACAUCCACCUGGGUGUGAAUGAGAGCUGCACUGAUACAGCAAGGGUUCUCUCUGGUCUUUGCGAUCUGGUUUUGGCUCGAGUGUACAGCCACUCCACGCUGGAGGAGCUCCACAGGGAGGCCUCCAUUCCCAUCAUCAACGGUCUGUCUGAUCUCUAUCACCCCAUCCAGAUUCUGGCAGACUUUCUCACUUUGCAGGAGCAUUACGGAUCCUUAAGUGGACUCACAGUGAGCUGGAUUGGAGAUGGGAACAACGUCCUCCACUCUUUUAUGAUGGCUGCAGCCAAACUGGGCGUUCAUCUGAGAGUCGCCACACCAAAGGGGUAUGAGCCGGAUCGGAGUGUAGUGGAAGAGGCUAAAAAUCUCUCCAAACAGCAUGGGACACAGCUCAUUCUGACCUCUGACCCGAUGGAGGCCGCCCACGGCAGCAAUGUGCUGGUCACUGACACGUGGAUCAGCAUGGGGCAGGAAGAGGAGAAGAAGAAGAGGCUCAAAGACUUUGAGGGAUACCAGAUCACCAUGAAGACCGGAAGUGUGGCCGAACCAGACUGGACCUUCCUUCACUGCCUCCCCCGGAAGACAGAAGAGGUGGAUGAUCAGGUUUUCUACUCGACUCGUUCUCUGGUCUUUAACGAAGCCGAGAACAGGAAGUGGACCAUCAUGGGUCUGAUGGUUUCCCUGCUGACUGACUACUCCCCACAGAUCCCUGCCUUGAAAUUCUAACCAUUUCUUCCUAAUAGAGUGAGAGGGAUAUCGAGCUACUGACAAGUGCAAACCAUUUGAUUUCCUCUCAGCAUCCCAGCACGACUUCAUUACUCUGAAGUUGUUUUGUUUACACUUCUGAGUGUCUAUAGUUUAUAAUAUCAGGUGCCUUCCUCUCAUAUUUGAGGAAUGGGAGAGGCCAAAUAUGAAAAUGUCUUAAAUGUGUGAAACUUUUCUCUGCUAAGCUUAACAAAUUCAUGUAUUUAUUUGCACCUUUGGUUAUUUGAAUGAAGUAAAUGACAACAAGCUGAUCCAUCUAACCGUGUGCUGAUUAUUUUUUGGGGGGACUUUUAGUCAAUUAUUAUUAUAAACCAAACAUCAGAACAAAACACCUGAAAGAAAACCAUCGUUCCCCCAUUCCACGAUAGUUCCUUCAUUCUUCCUGAAUCUGGGAAGACAAAAUAAAUGGGAAGCAAUGUGAAAAAAAAAAAA